CAGAGUACUAGCAUGGGGCUCCCAUCUUUCGCGCUGCUGGUUCAAGUGAGGAAGCUGAUGGCCGGUGAAUAACUGGCCGGCUAGUUGUCUCGCGGCCUGCUUUUGGACAUACACGCGAUGUACAGGCUUCUCCUGGGCGGUGUUUGCAGCAGGCGCUUGUCCCCAGGCCGGGUAGGUGUCCUCUCUCUCUCUAUGUGCUGUCUGUGACAGUGCCCCAUCAAGGCCCAGCUCCUGCACGGUCUGGAGUGGAACCAGAGGCCAUUCAUACCCCAUGUCACUGCACUCAGGCAGGGAGGGAUUGCCCAGAUUGCAUUGCAGAACACACUCUUGUGUAUUGAAGCACUGCUCUAUCAUCACUAAACGUAGUGCCACUUACUGACCUCCCCCGCCCUUGUUCUGACACUGCCCCCAUAGGGUGCCAAACUUUACUAAACCGAAUCUGGGACAAGCAGGCUGCAAAACAGUGAAAUAGCCGGGGUGGAAACUACAGGUUGUACCGAAGCAAAAUGUUGCAACAGCCUUUUUCAACAGCUUUCUAUCGUUCAUGGAAUGUGAUGAUUUUUAAGAACAUACUCAGGUUUUGUCAAAUGACUUGCCAUUCAAGGUCUUUGUUACCUGUGUGUGCCUCAAGUACCCAAAAAAAGGCAGUAAUUUUUGGUUGGCUCAAUACUUAUGCUGUGCCAUAUCUUCAAGUUGCGAAGCUCCAUCCCAAAGCACAUGAAAAUCAUAUGACAGCAAGAGGACAGAUUCAACAUGGGCAAAUGUCUGCUGAUGUCCAGGAACACCAGGGGCAGUCAAAGCCCAAAUUUCCAGAUAACGAACAUUUCACAGCGAUCUACAAGUUUCAAGGAAUAAGAUUCUUGAGAGCUAUUUCUCAGCUAAAAAUACUUCAGACUGGCAUAACCGUAGCUCUUCUACCCACAGUUUAUUAUUUCUACUUGCUGGAGCAGAUACAAUAUGCUCUGCUUAGUUAUAUCACCGGAUUAUCAGGUUUUGCUAUAAUCAUGCUUUAUUCCAUGAGUUACUAUCUAAGACGUUUCAUAGGGAUGCUGUAUCUAAAUGAAUUGGGCACCACUCUGAAGGUUUCACAUCUCUCCUUUUGGGGAAGGAGGAAGGAUUUUUAUGUCCCUGUUGAAGAUGUCAUGCCCCUUGGAGACACAGGGGACACAGCAAAUGAAAUUAUUCUACAGUUCAAACAGUACAAUAGCACUGAGGUUUUCUAUUUCACAGUUAAGUUUGGUCAGGUAGUUGAUAAGCAAAAAUUUCUGCAAGUGUUUGGAGGACUUCAAUAAAUAAUUCCACUCA